UCAGCCUGCUUCACAAUUAUUUGAUUCCGUGUUCUAAAUUUUAUCAAUUUGUAAUAUUGUCAUCAGAACAAAAUCUCCAUCUUUGAAUGGAUCGUGUAAGCUUCGGGAUUUACUGCUUCCUUACUCCUGCUGCACACUUGCAAUUUUUAAUGUCUUCUUCCUGCUUAAAACACACUGUGAAUUUGUACAGAAAGGGUUCUAUUUGUUGCAUUUCUUUGUCAGCAUCUACCAUUCGCAGUCACAGAAACAAAUAAAUGAUCUUAACACCCAUUUUAAGGACAACGAAGGUGAUGGUGUGUCAUUGUUACUGCAGUACAAGUAGAUUGAAGGACAAUGCACAAUUCAAACGCCUCAAUAAUAAUCAAACAAUGCCAGUGAAAACCAGAGUCGAUUUCAGCGAGCUUACUAUACACAACUUUUCUGUAAGUAAUUCUAGACAUUUUCAACUCUUACAGGCCUGCAUUUCUAAAAAGGGCCUUUCACGGGGUAAGCAAAUCCACUCUCACAUCACUCACAGGGGAUUUGCAUUUGCUACAAACAGUUUUAUGCAAAAUAAGCUUAUCAACAUGUAUAUCAAGUGUUGUAAUUUAGCAGAGGCUCGCCAAAUGUUUGAUCGAAUGACUGAACGAGAUGUCUUCUCGUGGAAUACCAUAAUUUCAGCUUACAGAAGACACGGGUAUCCCCAGGAAGCGUUGACAUUGUUUUACCAAAUGCAACAAACAAGUGUCCAACCGGAUCAGUUCACCUUUGCCAGCAUACUUCCAGCCUGUGCCAAAAUAAGAGAUUUGGAACAGGGCGUGAAAAUCCAUCAGAGUAUAAUGGAAAGGGGAUAUAUGUCAGAUGUUGUAGUUGCAAGUGCUCUGAUAGAUAUGUAUGCAAAAUGUGGAAGCAUACACGCAGCACGUGAACUGUUUGACAAAAUACCUCAGAGAAAUGUGAUCACCUGGAAUGCUAUGGUUGCUGGAUAUGCACAAAAUGGUCUUCUUGAAAAGGCUUUAAAGAUUUUCAAAGAAAUGCCUGAAAGAGAUGUGGUCUCAUGGAAUGCAAUGAUUGCAGGAUACGCACAAAAUGGAUACGCUGAGAAUGCCUUGGAAACUUUUAAACAAAUGCAAAUGACAGAUGUAAUACCAGAUUCCACAACCUUUGCCAGCGUCCUCCCAGCCUGUGCUAGAAUGGGGGAUUCAAAACAGGGCAUAGACAUUCAUCAAGCCAUAAUCGAAACUGGAUUUUUAUCAGAUGUUGCAGUUGCAAGUGCUCUUGUAGAUAUGUAUGCGAAGUGCGGAAGCAUACACAAAGCACGUGAAUUGUUUGAGAAAAUGCCUUGCAAAAAUGUGGUUUCAUGGAGUACUAUGAUUGCAGGAUAUGUGCAAAAUGGUGUUCUUGAUGAGGCUUUAAAGCUCUUCGAAGAAAUGCCUCAGAGAGAUGUGGUUUCAUGGACUGCAAUAAUUGUGGGAUAUGCCCAAAAUGGGUUUUCCGAAAAAGCCUUGGAAACUUUUGAACAAAUGCAAUUGGCAGGUAUAAAGCCGGACUGCACAACAUUUGCCAGCAUCCUCCCAGUUUGUGCCAAAAUGGGAGCUUUAGAACAGGGUAUAAACAUCCACCAAAGCAUCAUUGGAAGCAAAAAUUUGUCAGAUGUUGCAGUUGCAAGCGCCCUGGUAGACAUGUAUGCAAAAUGUGGAAGCAUACACUUAGCACGUGAACUUUUUGACAAAAUACCUCAAAAAAAUGUGGUCUCGUGGACUGCAAUGAUUGCAGGAUAUGCACAAAAUGGUCUUCUUGAUGAAGCUUUAAUGCUUUUCAAAGAAAUGCCUCAAAGAGAUGUGAUCUCUUGGAAUGCUCUGAUUGCAGGAUAUGCACAAAAUGGGUUUGUUGAAAAAGCCUUAGAAACUUUUAAGCAAAUGCAUUCGACAGGUAUAAAACCAGACUCCAACACCUUUGUCAGCAUCCUUCCUGCCUGUGCCAAAUUGGGUGCCUUAGGACAGGGCUUGGCCAUCCAUCAAAGCAUAAUUGAAAGUGGAUUUUUGUCAAAUGUUGUGGUUGCAAGUGCUCUGGUAGACAUGUAUGCAAAAUGUGGAAGCAUAUACAUGGCACGUGAACUUUUUGACAGAAUGCCUCAAAGGAGUGUUAUUUCUUGGAAUAUUAUGAUUGCAGGAUAUGCACAAAAUGGUUUUUGCAAAGAUGCUCUCAAACUCUUUGAACUAAUGAGGCACUCUGGAACAUACCCUAACCAUACAUGGGGAGAUGGGAUGAUGUUCAAAUGGUAAGGAGACUGAUGAAAGACAGAGAAAUUAGAAAGAUACCUGGGUGUAGCUGGAUUGAAGGCCAUAAAAUGGUACAUGCCUUUUGUGUAGGAGAAUGAUCAAACACCCAGAGAUAUGAGAUCUAUGCAAAAUAGAAAUAUUAUCUUGGGAGAUGAAGUAAGGUAUUUUCCACAAUCAAGACAUCUGCUAUGACAUGGACGAGGAAAAUGAACUAUCUGACACCAUAUCAGGCCCCUGGAACAACCAUUGGAGUGGUCAAAAACCUUUGAGGAUGUGCUGGCUGCCACAAUGCAACCAAGUUUAUCUCCAAGACGAAUUGUGCGAGAGAUACAAACUGCUUCCAUCAUUUCAAACAUGGACACUGAUCUUGUGAAGAUGAUUGGAGAUGCUAAGUGAAGCUUAGACAUAGGCUUUCACUAUCAAAAGGUACACCAUAUGAAACCUGAAGUGGUAAAGAAGGGAACAAAUUUUAUUUUCAGUUUCUAAAAAAUACUAGACAUUGAUGAGAGUAUUUGCAAAAGGUCUGUUUGACUAUCCCAUGGAGGUCUAAUGACGACGAAAUGUUUUAAGAAAUACUGCACUAUCAACGUUUCUCUUAUUGUGUAGUAGUUCAUUACUCCAGCAAUUGUAUGCAGCCAUUAUCUCCGUCAAUUGUUUCAUUUCGUUGGUUAUUUUGUAAGUCUAAUCAAGUUGUGGACAACAAAAGAAAGUGCAUAUGUUGUAGUUAGAGCCGUUUGAAUAGAAAAAUAGAGCUAGUUGUAGCCACUCUAGGUUUCAAAGAAGUGGAACUUGAAAGGAUGAGAUCUACAAGAACCUAUUAGGAAUGCAAUAGAAGACAUCAAUAAUAGUGAAAAAGCA